UGAUAUCUUAUAGUUAUGAAUAACAACAUGUUCAGACAUCCCAUGAAAAUUGAAGUGUUCGAAAGGGGUUCCUUAUUAGAAGAAGAUUCGACUUGGAGCGAUGAUCUUGGCAAAUCGUUUUGCGUUUCUCCUGGAUACGAGUGCGAGACAAUGACAGCUGAUUAUGUUCUGCGGAAUGCAUCUCCUGCCAAAACUUUGGUCCCUUCUGUACAGAUAACAGCAAACGGAUUUGUGUCGAGAGGGAUGUCGCUUGAAGAAUCGGUUUUGAAGGAGCUUGAAAUGGUGAUGACACAGUUGUCUGAUAAGACUCGAAUUUGCUUCCGAGAUGCCUUCUAUGGUCUUGCCAAGAACUCGAAACGGAACCCUAUAGCACUAGACCAACACGGAAACCACCGUGCUCAAACUCAUUCUCCGAAGUGGGCAAUCUCGGAGGACAAAAUAAGGUCUGGGAAAAAGGAAACAACAGAACCAGAGACCAAUACCAUCGAUCGAAUGAUCGCGAACCUCGCUUUCAACAAGAUUGAUAUCAACGUUCGAGACUUUCCGGUAUGUUAAACCCACAAUUCUAAGCAAAAAUGUCACAAAGAAUUAUGGAAAGA